UGUGAAAACGAACCACAAAACAUACCCUUGUCUUUGUAUCACAUGUAAGAGACGGCAGUGGCUGUUUCUGCAUGUGUUUUGAUCUUUCAUAAAUUCCAAAUCAUGGCCUUACGUUGUCAUCGAAACAACCCUCACCCUUCAUUGCAAAACUACUAUUAACUUUAGUUUUGAUGUUAUUCAUCUUGGAUUCGGCCAGCUACUCAAACUCUUGUAUUAAAAAUCAUUUACGCCCUUUAACUUUUCACUGAAUUACAAUGAAUUAAUUACCAUAACAAUGGAUUCAGGAGCAUAAUCAUUAAUUUAUUUGUUUUUCAUACAUUAAAGGAUUUUUGACCUUUCCAAAAGGUAGGCAAAUGCAAUAUGUGAAAGAGAUUGACAUAUGAAAGCUAAACGACAAGCAGUCAACGACCCAACGAUACCGUGCGAUGAUCGCCCGAUUACUAAGGGCGGGGGCGGCUCUUAUAUCUUUUAUAUGCACGACAUUGAUCCUACGAAAAUUGGGGGAAAAAACGACUUGGAAAGUGAGGUAAAAAGCAAAAGCUAGAUUCUGGGAAUCAAUCAUUGUUCCUAUACUUGAAGUGGAUCAUCAAUCUGCUGAGCUUAUGUCAAAUUCUGCAUCCAUGGAUCACGGAGGGUUCUUGAUGGGAAGUUCAUUCUCAGUUUUUUUUUUUUUUUUUAGUGUUUUCAGGUUGUGAUUAGGUCAUCUACAACACAAGAAUUUGACUUUGUUCUGAUGUGAUCAUUAGCAAUCUUUUGAUCUGCAACAGGAUUUUGUUGAAUUUCCUUAUGAUGUUUCUUUGCAGGUAUUAUUACUUAAUCUCGACAGCAAUAGGCCAAUGCAAAGCCGAAUUUUUCAUACGGGGAACAUGGAUGAUACUACAUCAGAAGCUACCAGUCCCUAUUCAGCCUCAAGGAUGGACAGUUCGUCGAUGUAUAAUCAAUCUAACAGUACUUAUCAGUUUCAUUCUCAGCAGCAAAUGACACAUUCUCAAGCAACCCAAGACAGGUUUCUUCAAGGAGAAGCUUCGCAACAGCCGAGACCAGGAUGUCUUAAAGAUAAAAUGAGUGAAGAUGAGAGAAAAGCACGCAAAAGGCAGGCUGAUAAGAAGCAUCGGCGAAAGAAAAAGGCUAAAUUUGACGAAAUGACUUCCCAGAACCAACACUUGCAAGACAAAAACAGAGAGUUGAGUACUGAGAACAGACAAUUAAAAGAGGAAAAGGAAUCGUUGAUUAAUAAGAACACACAACUAGAAGAGCAGAUCAGAGGACUGCAAGGCAAGGGACAACUUCCAGUGGAAGUUAUGCAGGGACACAGUUAUAUUUCCCACCCAGCUAGCCAGAUUGAUCAAAAUGUUCAUGUCCAGGAUCACUAUGAAAUGGAGGUUACUAAUGAUGACCAUGUUUACAAUAACAACGGUUGUCCGGAUAACUGCCACAAUGCAGGAGCUGUUGAUGCGCUCGAUGGUUUUGGUUUAGAUGAGUUACUACAUUUAUUGCGUACUGACGCUGACGAUGAGAUGACUAAAAAUGGAAGAAUUGCUCUGAAUGAGCCCACUAUUGAACAUCCAGAGAGUUCUCAGAGUGGUUUGUGUCCUUCUAAAGUGGCUAAGAUCAAGUUGCAUAAGUUCCUAACAGACCUUCAUGCAGAAGUUCCGAGCAACGUAGACCCCUUGGACUUCAGAGGCUUAGAGGGGGAGCAGAAAAGAUUCGGGAGAUUCAGUUUCCCAUCGUCUCUCAUUCCAACUGUUGAGAGAAUAAAAAAUGCUCAUGGCGACAUUUCUGCAACAUGUCUAAUAAGUCCCAGUGUUUCCGGAACAAGCUAUGUUUUAUUUUGUGCCGUGAUCAGAGAUAUGGAACAUCUACGGCUUGAUCAAGUUACCGAGGACAUAAUGGUGAAGUGGAGAGAUGUCAUCAAGGAUGCUUUAGGCCUUGGUUUCAAUGUGGCAUUUGCCAUGGAGCAUUUGAAGAAAGUUGCCUGUGCUUUCUUUGGUCAAUCAGGGUGCAAAUUGCUCAAUGACAUUGAUUCAAAGAUCUCAACAUUAGAGGAUGAGGUGAAUUACUGGAAGAAGAAACGCGCUGAGAUAUACAAGGAGUCCAAGAUGAGUAUCGAUGCUGUAGAUAAUUUCAUCGGAGUACCUAUCAGCACAGGUUUAUUUCCUCAGUCGUCUUCUGAUAGAAUUAUGCAUGGCUGAAAUCGAUACUGUACAGAAAUAUUGGUGGUAUAGGAUACAUUGAUUAGAAUUAGAUUUUUUAACCUUUAAAUAGAUGUAGUUGAAAAUCAAGUCGAAACUUCUCUUAUAUCAUUCAAUUUUCAACAUUAGUUAAUUUUUUCUCCUUUGUCUGUAGUUUUUUUUCCGAAAA